UGAAAUCCAAACGUUUUUGUAUUCAAUGUUUGCAUCACUUCUUCAGUUGUCCUCACAUUUACCACAAUAUGAUGUCAAACAACGAUAACAUGACAUCCGAUGCGCACGUCUUCUACGGCGUAUCGCUUCCGGUGGAUGUGAUCCACACAAUCGACAUUAAACUCGUUUUCGACGACAAGAAGGAUGUGUUGGAAGCGAUUAAGUCACACAAAGGCUCCCGAUUUAAGGCAUUCAAUAACGUGGACGACGCCAUCGAGUUCUCCAAACACGCCAUUAAACCGGAGACCAGUUCUUGCGAUCCAAAUAAAGACAAUAAAAACAUCGAAAAGUCUUUGAGUCCUUUCAGUGGUUUACAUCCGCGAGAACUCACAAAACUGAGGAAAGCCAUCGAAAGCGAUGACUACGAGACAGUGGAUCAACUGAUUUGGUCGAACCCGAGAUUUCUGGUCAGCAGUGGUGACACUCCGGCCAUUCUUCACGAGGCCUUUCGAUACAACGCCUGUCAUAUCGCCGCCAAAACCAAUAGAUAUCGAGUCCUCGAACUCAUACUAAACACUGUUUCCGACAACAAGUUUAUGAAAUUAUUGUUUCCCUUCGACACUAACGAAGUCACCCAAAGUCGGAUCAACUUCUUAUUGGAUCUCUACUUGAAUACGCCUGAGAAAGGGACAUCCAAAAUGGCUCAAGUGGGAGAACCUGUCAAAGGAAUGGUAGGCGAUCGUAAUGUGAGCGCAUUGGCCGGUCCUAUGUCUCCCAAACAGGCCGAUCAGCUCUUCCAGUCACUGAAGAGUCCGCGAAGAUGUACACCAAUUGAGAGGAGAAUACGAUUAACUGAUUCGCGAAAAGGAUUGGAAAGAGUGGCACGAAAUCUAUGCAAAGAUAUGAACAUUAUUUGGGCUGAAUUUUGGCCAUUUCUUAACACUCGCAUUGAUUUAACCUCAGAUGAAGGACUAAAUCUAUUGGAGAAACAUUUGUGUCACAUCUAUUAUGUCUGUGUUGGACAGCCAUUGGUCUCGACAGUUGAUACACUGUACAGAUUUUGACAAUAGUUUAGUUGCAUUAAGUGUUGACUUAUCCAAACUUAGCCUUAACACUAACGUAUCUUCUGUCCCACUAAAAGAGCCUAAAAAUGAAAUAUUUACUAAUGAUUUAAAGUGUAUUAUAAAUGAUGUCUCUCUUCCGGACUGUCUCUCCGAUCAUAACAAUUAUGACUCGGAUUCCGCUGAAUCUGAUGAUAGUUUUGUUAGCGCUUUGUCUUCGCCCUCAUAUUUGUUUGACUUUUAUGUUUAUGGCUCGAAGAUAAGCAAUGAGGACAUUGACGCCGCUCUGGCUCUACAACAUGUCAUAGAAUGCGAUCGAUGUUUGAAAUAUGAUUUCAUACAGAAUUGGUUUCAUCGUGUGGUCAGAGAAAACCCAAAACAAUUUGAAUGUGAUUUUACUACUAAUUCUCCGCUUUCUUCGACUCCUAUUAAGAGUUAUAUGAAAUAAUGUUAAACAGAAAUUCAUAUUUUAAUACCAAUAAAUAAAUAUUACUUAAUUUUUUGCCAAAUCAAAUAA